CAUAACUUAGCUAUUAUGUACCAAAAGAUAAGAUAACUUGAAAUCCAGUCUUCCAAUGGCACUCUGCUCUGACCUCUCUUUCUCUCCCCGCUCCUUCUUUCAAACGGAAUUCUCAGAGUUUCACAAAAGAACAGCAAUUUUAGUAGAUUACUAGUUUGCACCCUAGAGAAAUGGGUAAUUACUCACAGGCCCACAUUUGCCAGUGCAUGAGCCUCCUAUCUACUCUCCGGCGCAAUUCAGUGGUCAUGGUCACCGGCAACCGCCAAAAGACGGGCAAGGAGUUCGUGGAGGGUGCCAUGGAACUGGCCCGAGGCCUGCUUCCGCUCGGCAUACGUUCUGGUGACGUCGUUUCGAUUGCUGCCUUCAACAGUGAGUUGUAUUUGGAGUGGUUACUAGCCAUUGCAUAUGUUGGUGCCAUAGCUGCUCCUCUUAAUUACCGAUGGAGCUAUGAAGAAGCACUUUUGGCAAUGGAAGUAGUGAGGCCAGCAAUGUUAGUGACUGAUGAUAGCUGCAUCCCUUGGUACUCAAAGCUUCAACUUCGCGAUAUACCUUCUCUGAGGUGGCAUGUUUCGGUGGAUUCGCCUUCCUCGGAUGUCUUAAGGGCUUCGAAUAAUCUGUUAACUACUGAGUCGAUUAAAAAGCAUUCCGUAGGAGCUGCGCUGCCAUUGAACUACUCCUGGGCACCUGACGGGGCUGUGAUCAUAUGCUUCACUUCUGGAACCUCUGGAAGGCCAAAGGGAGUUACCCUAAGCCACUCGGCUUUUAUCAUACAGUCCCUAGCAAAAAUCGCUGUUGCUGGCUACGGUGAGGAUGAUGUUUACUUGCAUACUGCUCCAUUGUGCCACAUUGGUGGGUUGUCAUCAGCCCUGGCAAUGCUAAUGAUCGGAGCACGCCAUGUCUUGAUGCCCAAGUUUGAGGCUAAAUCUGCCCUCGAAGCCAUUGAGCGACAUAGCGUGACUUCUCUGAUCACCGUUCCUGCAAUGAUGGCUGAUUUGGUUUCUAAAUUCAGGGGGAAGGAAACAUGGAAAGGGAGGGAUAGUGUGAAGAAGAUAUUGAAUGGAGGUGGAGGCUUGUCAAUUGAGCUGACCAAAGCUGCCAUUAAAUUGUUCCCACAAGCUAAGCUUCUCUCAGCUUAUGGAAUGACGGAGACAUGCUCGUCAUUAACCUUCAUCACUCUGUAUGAUCCAAGCGUUGACAACUCUGGCGGCCCUCCACGGUUGAAUGAUGAACGAAAACUGCAUUCAGCUCAUGAAGAAAGGGGUGUUUGUGUUGGGAAGCCGGCUCCUCAUGUGGAACUAAAGAUCUCGGUCGAUGGCUCCUCUCAUGUGGGAAGGAUCUUAACUAGAGGUCAACAUGUGAUGCUCAGAUAUUGGCACGGAAGUCCACCAAAUGAGUCAGUUUCCGGCAAUGAAGUAUGGUUUGACACCGGCGACGUUGGAUCCGUUGAUGACUAUGGCAAUGUGUGGCUAAUCGGACGAGCAAACGGUCGGAUCAAGAGCGGAGGGGAGAACAUUUACCCUGAAGAGGUGGAGAGAACCUUAUUACAACAUCCAGGGGUAACCGGCGUUGUUGUCGUCGGAAUUCCGGAUUCUCGUCUCACCGAGAUGGUUGUUGCGUGUGUUCAAAUAAGAGAAGAUUGGCAGUGGAUGAAUACAACCAUCAAACACUCUGUCUCAAAACAAAUGCCACACAUCUCCAGUGAGAUUCUUUGUCAAUAUUGUAAACAAAAGAAUUUGACGGGGUUUAAGAUACCAAAAAUAUUCAUUUUAUGGAAGAAGCCGUUUCCGGCGACUACGACCGGAAAGAUCAGAAGAGACCAAGUCCGGGGAGAAGCUGUAUUUCAUCUGCAACAUUUGAAUAGCAAUCUAUGAUUCUAUUUUUCAACAGGAAAAAGAAAAGUUGGAAUUUUCGGUU